AGUAGCUUGUAUUUUACAACUAUGAUAUCACUUCUAUCAAGAAGAUACAUAAAAUGGUUUAUAAAUAUUUAUGUGUGCUUUUAGUUUUGUCAUAUACUGAAAUGUUAUUCAUUGAACGAAAAUUGGGUGGAGAUGUCAUUACAGGCAUUAGUUUCGAUGACUGUGCGGAAGAUAAUACUAAAAAAUGGAUAAACGAAAAAUGUGUGUGUAUCACGGGAUAUGAAACUGCAAUUGUUAUAAAAGGAAUAAUCCAAUGCAAAAACAGAAGUGACAUCCUAAAUUUUUUCGAUUCGUCAGAUUGUACGAUUUUCGGACAUAAUACAUAUGAAACCAGGAUUGUUGCCGUUCGUAAUACCUCCGAUUUUUUCUUAAACGACAAACAAAACAAAGUUUUGAAACACUGCAAGUCAAUAAAUUCUGGAAUUGACUUAAUAUACCCAGAAAAGAAGGAAAUUCCUGCAAAUUGGACUCUUUUUAACUCUAAAGAUUCGCCGCCGCUUAUCACAAUUACAAACUGGAAUAAAGAAAAAUAUGCUGGUUACCUGUUCAGACUUAACAAUGUGUGCAAGGGAAUGUGUGUUGUUGCAAAGUUUGACGAAGAAGUUGAAAUUAGCCGAACAACAAAGCAAUCAACAACAACAACAAAAACAUCUUUAACAACUCAGAAAACAUCAGUAAAAACAGCCGUAUCAACAACAACAAACAUAACUUCUGCACGAAGUGAAGAAAAUAGCAGCUCUAUUGAUAUACCAUUAUUAGUUGGUAUAAUAAUUGCAGCAUUGAUUCUCAUUCUUGUGGUAUUGGGUAUCGUGAUUACAACAAGACGGUAUAGAAAAACAAAGGACAGGAAGAAACAUAAACCACAACCAAUGGAGAUGGGAAAUCCAGAAUAUGAAUACGUCUCUUCAACAGCUGCAAAUGUCAUAAUGUCCAGUGAUACAACAAACCAGACGGCAUCGCAUGUGUACGAAAGACCGAUUAUUAAAGAUAAACCACAUCAACGACCGUCUGAACCGGUAUACUUUGAAACCGAACCGGAAUACCAUGAUGCAACAUAUGCUCAAGAAAAGUUAGAAGAAUAUCAAGCAACUAAACGUCCUGUUUAUGCGGAGAUUAACAAAAAUAUUUGACACAGAAACGUUUCUAGACGUGAAAUAAAACGCUUCUAUUAAGUUAAACUUGUAUAUGAAACUACAGAAACAUGACUAACUGACGUUAGAAUCAGCCUUUUUAACACAAUUU